AUGGACACCGACAUGUAUGAUGAGUACGGUUUGGAACGUAGCUAUGACGAUUCAGAAGAAGAUUACGACAGCUGCGACGCAUUCGAUGAAGACCAUUACACAUACCUGGCUCUGUGCAUGACAGAAACCGACGAAGGCGGGAGUGAGGGCAACAGUAGUGCAGAUACUGACCUUGACCAAAACCUCUCCUGGGUCGCUAAGAAAGCAUACCAUCUCCUCAUCAACGACUCUUCCGCUUCAAUACUGAGUCGGGCCAUGUUCCCAGACUUCGAAAGUAUCUACAAUAAGAUACUUCAAACUGAACUGCGCCUUUCACCAGGUCUGGUAGAAGCUCUACAAGCCGAAAGCCCGCCAUCGCACUCACAAAUCUUGUCCUUUCAUCUCGAUGAUUUUGACGGCCGGAACGAGUUCUGCGUUUACAUGCAAGUAUUCCAACGCGACGAGGAAUACAUACUCACCAUCUAUUGUGGUUCAUCCACCCACAUUAGGGGAGGUAGCAAGCGACUUUUGCAAUACGAUUCGUUCUUGGAGGAUGGGACAUACGCAAGCUCGAUGCCGAAGUUGAUUCCCCAGCUUGCGAAGGACGGCUGGAAGAGAUCUGCCGCUUUGGUCAUCGCAGCAAUUCCGAUUCCCGAUUCUAACCAUGACAUUUCGUAUAGCAAAGGCUUGAUUCUGUUGUUAGAAACACUGUUCACUACAGCCUUCUGGUUCCAUUGUGCCAAUACCAACGGCUCGAUCACUACAUUCAGCUUGUGGGAUAGAUCGGAGACGUUGAAGAUCUGGAAAGGUGCAUGCACGGGCGGCUCGGCAUUGAAAGAAGCCGUGGAGGGAAGAAUCGGAAAUCCUCUCACAGAGUCUUACAGCCCGAGUUUGCUGGCAGAAAUGAAGGAGAUGAGAGCCAAGAGAGCGCGAUACAGAAAGGCACAGAAAAAAGCGAACGAAACUCCCGAGGAGACGAAAGCGCGACUAGAGAAGGACCAAAUCAGAAAAAGAAAUCAGAGAGAAGAAGUUCAGAUGAAGGAGACUGCCGAAGAGAAGAAAGAGAGAAAGGCGAAACACGCUGCCCAAUUUCUUCAUUCCAAGACCAUACUUGCAGCAAGUCUGACUCCCGAAGAGAUAGCAGAGAGGAAGAAGAAGAAGAAUGAAUCCGACCGGAUAGGCAUGGCCAAGAAGGUGGCAAGCGAAAAUACCGAGCAGAGGGAGAAGAGGUUGGCAAUGAAGAGGAAAUCGGAGGCGAAGGGCCGAGCGAGGAGAAAAGCCACAGAGACUCCUGAGGAGAAGGCGGAAAGGAACAGGCAGGAGAGGGUCAGACAUGCCAAACGGGUGGCUAAGAAGAAUGCGAAGAGCGCGGCACCACCCACGAACUCGGCGUAA